AUGUCGUGCAAAAAAUACCCCAUGAUGUUAUCCAAUUUGGAUGAUAUACCUCCAUUGAAAUUUGGCAAUUAUAAAUUGGUGUUUGAUUCAGAAUUGAGUGAUUAUUCCAGAGAAGUUGCCCGAAUUGAACUCCGUGAGACUGAAGAAGUGGCCAAGAAGGCAAUUUGGGAAUUGAGAAAAGCUCUUGAAAAUGAAAAGAAUCUCGUGACACCGCUUCACAAUGACUAUUGGCUCAUCAAAUUCCUUCGUCCGUGCAAAUUUUAUCCAGAAAGUGCUCGAAAUCUCAUUAAACGCUAUUAUGAAUUUAAAGAAAAACAUUCCAGUAUCUACGAUGGUCUAUUGCCCUCAAAAUUAACACAGCUUUUCCUGGCGGACAUUGUUAAAGUUAUACCAAAUCGGGAUCAUAAACUUCGACGUGUUCUCGUCAUCGAAGCUGGACAGGCGUGGAAUCCCAAAUUGGUGACCCCACAGGAUUUACUGAAAAUGUGCAUUAUGCUCGUUGAGGCAGCAAUUCAAGAACCCGACACACAAAUAAAUGGAACCGUGAUUAUUUUAGACUUGGAAGGCUUCUCAGUGACACAAGCAAAAGUUAUAACUCCAAAUUUCAUUAAAAUACUCGCCACAUGGGUUCAGACAGACGACGUUAAUCCUAAAGCUUACCCAUUGGCUGAUGCGGCCCUCACAUCGAAGAUCAUGAAUCUGGUGCAGCAGGCCCUGAAUUACAAGCAACUCCGGAAGGGAGCAAAUGAAGCCACCAAGACACUCAAUCGGGGCAUCGCUGAAUUCAUUGUCAUGGCAGCAGAUGCCCAACCUCUGGAGAUUUUGCUGCAUCUGCCCCUCCUGUGUGAAGACAAGAAUGUCCCAUAUGUUUUCUUGCGCUCCAAACAAGCCCUUGGACGUGCAUGUGGAGUCUCCCGGCCGAUUGUUGCUGCAUCUGUAACCGUAAAUGAGGGAUCUCAACUCAAAUCACAGAUCGUCAGCAUUCAGCAGGAAAUUGAAAGGCUUCUUGUUUAAAAGAAAAAACAUGUAUUUUUAAUUAAUUCACGAUACCUUGUAGAUUUUAUGAUGAAGAAGAGAAAGAAUAAAAAGGAGACUAUUUUUACCGUGGAAUAAGUUG